ACUCACGUUAAAUUGAAUAAUUCAAUAUCAUUUGAAAAGUCAUUUGAUGUAAUAAAUAAGCUUGGUGAGGGUGGCUAUGGACUGGUAUAUAAAGUUCGAGAUAAAUGUAACCAUGAAUUAUAUGCAAUAAAGAAAUGUCUAUUAAAAGGAUUGACAGAAAAAGACAAACAAAAUGUUUUGAAUGAAACGCAAAGUCUUUUGAAACUUCGGUCAAAGUUUGUGAUUCAAUACUACUAUUCAUGGAUUGAAUGCAAUUGUCUUUACUUUCAAAUGGAGUUAUGUAUCGAUAAUCUCAACAAUGUUUUGGAAACUAAGAAAUCAUUGUUUAAUGAAUCGAUGACUAGUUUUGAGUUUUAUUUAUCGUAUGAAAUUUUUCGUAAACUCACAAAAUGUGUUCAAUAUUUGCAUGAAUCGGAUCCACAGAUCAUUCAUAGAGACCUUAAACCGGAUAAUGUGUUGAUUUCUAUGGACUAUACCAUAAAAUUAUGUGACUUUGGUUUGGCUAAAGAGGUCCAAAAUUGUGAUCCAUUUCUUAUGUCUAAAACCAAACAUACGGCAGAUGUGGGAACUGUUGAAUAUAUGGCACCGGAAGCCCAGACUAAUGAAUACAACCAUUUAAUAGAUAUCUACAGUCUAUCUCUAAUUGGGUCUCAAAUCUUUGGUUUCAAUACAAACGAUAUAAUCGACGGA